ACCUCAGAUUUGCAGCUUGAACGUGAACGCAGUGUGAGGAGAGCUCCCCGCUCUGGCCUCCUUCCAGGGAACCAACAUGUCCAGUGACCCCCCUCCUCCUUACCCAGGGGGCCCCAGUGCCCCACUUCUCGUGGAGAAAAAUGGACAACCUCCAGUUCCUGUAGCCAGCGCUCCAGUAACAACAGGACCUCCACAAGGGCAGCCGCUGCCUCCAGAAUACGGACCUCCGCCUUAUGAAGCCAUACUACAGCCUGGCUUUGUUCCUCCGCACGUCCCAGGAGAAGGUCCCAUGCCUAAGCCUGUGCAUAUGCCAAUGCCCAUGCCUCAUCCUGACGGUGGUUACUGUGCUCCGCCUGGGCACUUUCCUCAUCCGAUAGCAGAGCACUAUGGUCCGGGGCCCAGUCACUUUGCUCCAGGUCACACAGCCACAGUUCUCGCUCCUCGUGGUGCUGCCACCACCGUGACUGUUCUACAGGGGGAGAUAUUCCAGGCGGCUCCAAUGCAGACGGUUUGUCCACACUGCCAACAACCCAUUGUCACUCGCAUCAGCCACGACAUCGGCCUCAUGAAUACUCUUAUCUGUAUGUUCUGCUUCUUUGUCGGUUGUGAUGUAGGUUGCUGCUUGAUUCCCUGUUUCAUCGACGAUCUCAAGGAUGUGACGCACACUUGCCCAAACUGCAAGGGCUAUAUUUACACAUACAAGCGUAUAUGCUAACAGUUUAUCCCAUCAACGACCAUGCUGUGACCUCAUUCUGGUGGGUGUUGACGACUCGCUUUCAUUUCUGUCUGCACUCUGUGUUCGUUUUGACCCAGCUGACAGUUCAGUCACUUUAUGUAACUAUUGAUUCUCACACUUUAUUUACAGACGCUUGAUAUAGUUACUGACGCCUCUGAAAUUAAGCAGAGGUGAUUCGCGUUAGUUGAAGGAUGGGUACAUUUUAUAUGCACAGUGGUCAGGGUUACAUUGUGUCAUCCAAGCGCUGUUUUAUUUCUAUUUUAGCAGUAGAGCAAAGUGUAUAUGAGAAUAUGUGAAAGCAUUAACCUUGAAAAGCUCAUCUGUGAAUAUUACCAGGUAGCGAAACUAAAUGAAGUACACUUCAGGGUCAGUAUUGUUGGAUUGUAGGAUUUUAUGCAUUAUUGUUUUAUUUUAACAUAUUAAAAUGAAAGUCUUUAAUGGCUGAGUCUGGGACUUUCGAAGUCCUGGAGUACAAGUUGCUUUUACAUGUGAAAAUGUCUCUGUAUUUGGAAUUUUAUGCAAAUGUUAGGGGAAUUUUUUUUCUUUCACUUUUGUUUUCAAUUUCUUACAUUCAUCAUUUGUUUAUGGUCAAUUUAAUAUAUGCUUAUCAAUGUAACAGGCAUUGUUGUGUAGAUGUGUCAUUUUAGAUGAAGGAUUAUUGAUAAGGGAUCUGUAUGUUCAUCUAAAUUUCCUUUUAGUACUUAGCGAUGCUAGAUAGCUUUCAUUCAAGCUCAUGGUGUUUUAAAGGAAUAGUUCAUCCAGAAAUUAACAUUUGCUUAAAAUGUACUCACUCUCAAGCCAUCCAAGAUGUAGAUAAGUUUGUUUCUUCAUCAGAUUUAACAGAUUUGUAGAAAUUUAGUAUCAAAAUCACUUGCUCACCAGUGAAUCCUCUGCAAUGAAUGGGUGCCGUCAGAAUGAGAGUCCAAACAGCUGAUAAAAACAUCACAAUAAUCCACAAGUAAUUCAUCAUUAAGAUAUUUUUACCGUAUUGCUUUCUCCAGCUCUUCCUUAAUAGGCCAUGCAGUUCAUGCUAGGGACAUAUUUGUGGAUUUCAACCAAUAUACACUUAAUUUUCUGAACUGUGAAUCAAAACUAUAGCCACGGUGCUUUUCAAACCGCUAUACUAGCUGUUUUGUGUUGUCAGUAAGCUGUUUGAGACUUGUACAAACUAUCAUCUGUUAUUCAGGUCAGUUUAUGAAUCAUUAAUAAGGUAGAUCUGUGUUUGCUGAUAUUAAGAUUGGCGUAAAAACAUCUAUAAUCACAGAUAAGCGUCCUUUAACAGUUUUUCUGGCCGUAAGUGGUUGUUGCAUUAUUUUUUCAUUUCUACUUGACGUAGUGAAGUCGUCGUCAUCUUCUUUAAAAAGGGAAGACAUUUUUGGUUACGGCUGUUCAAAGCUGCUUUGCUGUUGGAGUUCACCAGCAUGAUGAAGGACGCUGCAUGACAUCACUGUAAUCUUGCAUCUAGCGCUCUAUUGGGCCAUAUGUGCCCUCGGUGUGUCACGCUGUGCUGGUUGCUGCACUGGGCUUCAGAACUCAAAGCAGAUUAACCCUUCGCUUAUUAAUACUGUGUGCAACAAGCCACCAGGAUUUAAAGGAUGAUUGUCCUGAUUUUCCUUUUUUUCAGAUUCUGAUUUCUGUGGAAUCAUCCAAAGAGAUUGUUUCCUUUGUUUGGUUAGGGUUAUUUCUAAAUAGCUGUCUGUUCUGGCUGCGAAAUUGUACAUUUGCAGUUAAUGUUGUUCUGUCCAAAAAUGUGAUUUACUGCUGAAAUGGUAUGAAAUUCAAAAACUACAACAUCAGCAGUGCUUAGACACUAUAUAUCCCAGUGCUGAGACUUCUUUCAGUUUGUUUAAAACUACACUAAGUAAACUUUAAAUAGAGUGUGCUACAGAGUGUUUUCACGACACGUCAUCGAUCAGCCAUAUUGAAGACACGGAAUGUAAACAAUGCCACUUAACCGAACAAAACUUGCUUAUUUUGCUGAUUAUUGCUGCUGAAAAUGGUCAAUUAUUGUCAUGUUUUGAGCUAUACUAAUCAGUCAGCCCAGGAAAAAUGUUUGGAGUACUGUAGACUGCCAAAAGUUAUAACAAAUUAAGGCAAGUAUAUAAAACUGCAGACCGGAGAUCUCCAAAAUGGGGCGGGAACUCCCAAAUGUGGGCAGAACCUUCAAAAUGGGGCGGAGUCUCAUCACACAAAGACCUUCCCCAUCGGCUCUGGCUUCAGCGUAUUGUUAUUGACUUACAUUUCAAAACUAAACUUUAUAAAAUAAACAGUUUGUAGUUGAUCUCAAAUAAAAACCCUAUUGCCAGGUGUUCACCCUAAUUUCCAGGGCAACAAUCUUGACAACAUUCAUGUUUGUUUUUAGAAUUUCCAGUCAGGUAGGUGAAAUAUUAGGCUAGUAUCUUAAUUAAUACUCCUCGAAUGUAUCUUUACCACCUAUUGACUUUAGUUUGUCAAAAUAUUGCGCCCUUUCCUGCUUACUAAGUCCUACUCUAUACAAUUUAGCAACUUCCACACGUUUUCCCUUGGUUUAGACAGCAUAAAUUAGCAGAAAAACAUAUUCAGUAGUACAUUAACCGUACAGUCCAUGCUGUUGUUUACAUCUGAGUAUCGCCAAUAUGGCUGCGCAUCUGGACCAAACCAAUGUAAGUGCAAACCCUUUAUAACUAGAAGAACGGUAAAUGGUAAAACUGUUCGCACUACAAAUCAAUGUAUUUAUAAUUAAGACAAUACAUUAAAUACAUUUUUCACUUUCACUAAAAUAAUAUGGCAAAACACACCAAUUUGUGUUAUCAAGCAGCAAGACAACUUUUUUUGUACAACUAAAAAUAGCUGGACGCCAAUGAGACCAUAGCACACAUGGUCUGCUCUCACGGGGAAAAUAAUGUGAAUCGAUUUUCAAAUAAUAAACCUAUAUGUGUCUUGAGGAAAAACAUUGUUAUGGUUGUGCUUCGGCUCCGCUCUUCUACGUGGACGAACGUAGUUUGACGCACCGCUGUAUCCGUGCGCAGGGUUUCUUUGUUUUUGCGGUCGCUAUUUCCUGUUUUAAAUGAGCCUUAGUCAUUUUUCUCGUUCGUUGUGACGAUAAACGUUCAGCUUCACGCUUCUGCCGCAACAUAAACACGACGAUAUUUCUCUGUGUACGGAGAUACAUUAAUAAAUCGUGACACGCACGGACGAAUGUGGUAGCUUAUGUAACUAGGCCUAUGCAAUUCCCGGAAAAUUCCGUCCCGACAGCUCCUAUAUUAAGUAAUUAUUAUAGGGUAAUCAAAUUAAGGACAUGUUUUACACUAAAUCUGAUUUUUUGUUCAUUAAAAAGUUAUAUAGUGUAGUUUUAAAUGAAGAUUCAGAAGAUUAUGUUUAUCUAGUAGACAAUCUGCCAGCAUUAUAGCUAUAUCUGACUUUCCAUCUUUCCAUUGAACUAUUUAACUUAAGGGGAAAAAAUGUAGCAGUCUAUUUGUAAAUGCAUAUAAACCUCAGAUCUGUCUAACAAACACUAAAUUUUCAUAGGAUUUGCUCUAUGCUUAUGCAGGUAUCACAAAAAUAAUCCAAUUCCAAUGUACUAUUGUCUGACUGAAAUAGAAAAAUUACCUCAUCCCAUCUGGCUUUAUUUCAUCCCAUUAACCAUGAUCUGUAAUAUCAUCAAAGAUAACCUCUCCAUCAUCUGCAAAAACUACAUGAUGUCUGUUUGAUUAUUUAAAGAUAAUCUCCAGUAAAUAUGUAUGCAUGUUCAUGCGGUUUACUUGCACAAUCCAGUCUGGCUCCCUUUAAUUUACUAUGCUCUUGACUAUGUAGGUCUACUUGCUUUGUGAAGUGACUUGAUGCUGUUGCAGACAAUAGAUGUCAAGCUUGUGUUACAGGAAUGCAGCUGUAGAUAGAUGCCUUGAGAAUAGUAUAUGGCACUACACCAGAUGCCAGGCUCAACUCAAGUCUCAAAUGUGUAUGUAAAACUAAACUCAUGGACUGAUUCUUUGAACAAAUAAAAAGACAAACCGUAUUAUA